AGGGGUUUUAUCAUUUUAGGGUUCGAUUCGAAGUGAGACUCAGAAAGAAAAAGAGAGGGCCAUGGCUACUUCCGUGGCUAUUGGAAGGUCCUCGCGACUGUGUGCGUUGUGCAGAGCAUCGAAGAUUUCUUCGUUUUCUUCGGCGACGAGAAGAUUUUCAGUGCCACUGCGUCCUUCCAAUUUCGUCCCACUUCGGAAUCCAAUCUCCCCUCCUCUUCAUCCAAGGUUGGUCCGACGAGAGCUGAGCUCUCUACAACCCGUCCACUCCGCAAUCGCUUCCGCCUGCCUGGUCUCCAAGCUCCCAAGCGAAGCCAUCACCUCUACUGAAGGUAGAUUUGUGAACUAUCUCAGUCCCAUCUAGUACUGAGCGGAUGGCGAGAUCAGGAGUUUGUUCUGACUUUUAUCAUUGGCUGAUCGGUUCUUUUCCAGAGUUGGAGUUUCGGUCUUCCAGGCUUAAUUGCCGAACAUUCUUUUUAACGUUUUUUUACUAAAUAGCAAACAUGGAGCUGUUUCCUGAAAUUCUCCCCACUUUGCUAAAUGAUAAAUCUGGUACAACUUCGAUGAAUGCAUCUGUGUUUUUCCCUGUCGCUUUCAAUUAUAACGUCAUUAAAUCAUUUGAGGGAAUAAAUGACUCUGUGAGAUAAAUCCCUUUUGUAAAACGAUGUCUCUCUUGCAAGUGCAGUUUUGGGAAAGGAAUUAUUAAUUCGCAUUUAGGUUUUUUCAAGAAACUAAAGUUUGAAAUUGCUCAUUCUGGAAGACGCCAA